AACAGAAGAGGGAGGCGAAGGAGAAGAUUGUCAGGAUGGCAACAAGAAUUGCAAGUAUUGGGCAUCGCAUGGUCAUUGCAAAAAGUCUGCUAAUUACAUGUCUAAGAACUGCCGUAAGAGUUGCAACCUUUGUCAAGAGGAAGGAGGAAAAGGACAGGGAGGCGAAGAAGGAAAUUGUCAGGAUGGCAACAAGAAUUGCAAGUAUUGGGCAUCGCAUGGUCAUUGCAAAAAGUCUGCUAACUACAUGUCUAAGAACUGCCGUAAGAGUUGCAACCUUUGUCAAGAGGAAGGAGGAAAAGGACAGGGAGGCGAAGAAGGAAGUAAGUCAGAUUGUCAGGAUGGCAACAAGAAUUGCAAGUAUUGGGCAUCGCAUGGUCAUUGCAAAAAGUCUGCUAAUUACAUGUCUAAGAACUGCCGUAAGAGUUGCAACCUUUGUCAAGAGGAAGGAGGAAAAGGACAGGGAGGCGAAGGAGAAGGAAAAUCAGCGGGAGGAAUACGAAGCUACGGUGACUACUGUGUGGCCCCAAACAGGGGAGGUUGUUCACCUCCCGGCGGCAGUUAUCUCAUCUUCACUAAAAAGCAAGGCACGGCUUGUAAUGCAAGGGAUCAGAUCUUUCGUCUUGACCAGAAUGGCGUUAUUCAUCACAAGUGCAGCGGGAAGGUGGUUUGUCCACAAGACAAUAACCCUACCAAUGGUAAAAAGCUGAUGCUGAAGGACAAAUGUGACCGUGGAAUUUCUAAGCACGUAAGGUUGCAGAAAUAUCACAACCUGAAGAACUUAAAGAACAAUUUCUGUGUUCAUCCGAAUGGCGGAUGGCCUCGUGAAGGAGGAGCAUUAGUGUAUUGGAAAGGAUGUGACCAGGCCAGGCUCAAGCUCGAAUUCUUACACACUGAGGAAGGAGAAAAAGAAGAGGGAGGCGAAGAAGAAGAAUGUCAGGAUGGUAACAAGAAUUGCAAGUAUUGGGCAUCGCAUGGUCAUUGCAAAAAGUCUGCUAACUACAUGUCUAAGAACUGCCGAAAGAGUUGCAACCUUUGUCAAGACGGAGAGGACAAAGGCGGAGGAGCGGAGGAAGAAGAAUGUCAGGAUGGCAACAAGCAUUGCAAGUAUUGGGCAUCGAAUGGUCAUUGCGAAAAGUCUGCUAACUACAUGUCUAAGAACUGCCGAAAGAGUUGCAACCUUUGUCAAGACGGAGAGGACACAGAAGGAGAUUGUCAGGAUGGCAACAAGAAUUGCAAGUAUUGGGCAUCGCAUGGUCAUUGCAAAAAGUCCGCUUACUACAUGUCUAAGAAUUGCCGUAAGAGUUGCAACCUUUGUCAAGGUGAAGCGAGAAACGAACACUCAGGAGGAGGAGAAUUUGAAGAUGAGGAAGACGAUAUGAACGAGGAAGACAAUGAAAAAGAAGAAGAAAAGGGAGACGACGAAAAAGGCGAAAAACAAGAGGAAAAAAAUCACAAAGAAGACCGGCAAAUGUUCUUCGCUUAGAAGUAAAAAUUACUGCUCCGCCGUCACAAUAACCGAUGAGCAUCAACAUUGUAACUCAUCUCGUUGGAAAUGUUUAGAAGCUAAUUGAACUGAUGUUUUAGAACAAGCCUCAGUCUUAUUUACCCAAUAAUAUGUUAGAAUUUAUUGUUGUAUCUU